AUGUUGCCGCCGGCGGGGUCGGCGAUGACGGACGGCGAGGGCCACCCGUACCUCAUCGGUGCGGCGGCACCACCACCGCCGCCACCGCCGUCGUUGUCCUCCACGGCCGGGCGGGUGCACGAGUGGACGUCCUCGCUGGCCUCCUCGGUGCUCUCCGCGACCUCCUCCGCCCGCCCGUCGGUGCCGCUGCCGCCGUCGCACGUCGGGCCCGCGUCGAACCUGAUGGCGGCGGUGUGGGUCGACCUACCGAGCUCGCAGCCGGGCAGCCGCUGUGCGACGCCGAUCAACGCGAGCGGCAGCGAUGCCCAGCAGCAGCACCGACGCCGUCGCACGACGCCGCGGCGGGGGUCGGAGCCGCCGAGCCCGGUCACGAGCACCCUCGCCGCGUCGAUUGCGUCUUCCUUCGAGGGAGCGCUCUACGCGUCAUCCUCCGCUGCUGCAGCGGCGCUGGCCAGCAUGCGAUCGCACUACACGACGGUGGCGACGCAGACGGACAUGAUGGCGGGUGUGGUGCUGGAGUGGCCCUCCACCCCGGAGAAGCAGCAACGACAGCAGGAGGUGCAGGCGGAGGAGGGCCAAGAGGCCCACACCACUUCUCCCGCUCUCUCAGUGGAGCGCCGCAGCACCCCAGAAAAGAUGGCGCUCGAGGCGGACGAUGAGACUCCGCAAGAGGAACAGCAGCAGCAACGGCAGCAGCGGCGGCAGCACCACCCAUCCCAGGCGACUCCCGCGAUGGCGCUGCCGCCGACGGCCGCGUCGGUGUCGUCGACCUCCGCCGAGGUGUCUCCGCGCUCCUUCCGCGCCAGCAUGGCGGACCCCCCUUCGGACGAUGUGGCUGCUGCAGAUACGAACUCCGCCAGCAAGUCUUCUGCGUCCGCCAACGUGAUGUGCAAGAGCUGCGGUGGUGGUCGGUCAGGUGCUGAGGCAUCUGCCUUCACGGCUGCUGCUGCGGCGACGGUGAUGGAACCUUCGCACGGGUAUCCGCAUACGUAUCCGGCGAAUGAACGUUUUGCUGCUGCGUCGACGGGGCCGCCAAGGGACGUCGCACAGGACACGGAGACCGCUGCCUCGCCCACCGCCGCGGUGGUCUCGCCGAUCACCCUGGAGCUGCCGACGAUGACGUGUGCAGCGCAACUUCCAUUUGUCACAGUGCGGGAAGGGAGCACGUCGAUAGAAAAGGCGGAGCCAGUGCCCGCCGGGGCUGCGCUGCCGGGCAGCAAGGCUGCCGCGAAUUCGAACUCCCCGGCGGUUCGCGUGGGUCCUGCUCCGUCGUCGCUGCCGACCGGUGUGCCGCGGGUCAACUUAUCACGCCCUACAGAAGGGGAGCACCGCUCAGCGGGUUCUAACGGCGCUGGCGGAAGUGAGCAACCACACAUCACUGCUGCCGUUGCCGCCGGAGCAGCCCCCAACUCCUCCGCGGCACAGGCAGACGAAGUGCAGCAACUGCGAUCGGAGUUGGCGCACAUUCGCAGUCAGUACUACCUCGUUCUAGAUCAAUUACGCCGCAUGCAACAGACCGGGAACGCUGUGCUGCCACAACUACCGACUGCUGCCGCGGAAGCAUCCACGCGGAAGACGGAUGAUGUCGAGGACGUCUCCACCGUUUCUCGCUCCCCCUCUGCCUCUUCUUCAUCCGCCUCUUCGUCGGCGGCUUCCGCCUUGUCGGACUCGGCCAGCGAUGAACGAGCUGCGACGGCGGCUCCUCCGCAGACCACCACCGCGUCUUCCUCCGAUGGCGACGCCGCGACGGCGCUGCAGCACGUGCGGGAGGCGCUGGAGCGGACCCGUCAGCGGACGAACACGGAGCGCGAGAAGAGAGGAGAGCUGCGUUGA